GUGAACCUAAGCCUCUGCCCACAAUGGCGUCUAGGGGAGGCCGACGUGGGCAAAUGAAGCCUAUCAAACACUCAGAGCGCCCUCGUAUUCUCAAAAGAAAGAGACAAGAAGAAGAUCUCGAAUCCCUUUCCAAAAGAGUCUCCGACCUCGACUCUAAUGGCCCAGCCUUCGAGAACUUCUCAGACCUACCUCUUUCUCAAGCCACUCAAGAUGGACUGAAAGCGUCACAUUUCACCACCCUGACUACAAUCCAAUCCAAAACCAUUCCUCUCGCCUUGAAAGAGUCAGACAUACUCGGCGCGGCAAAGACUGGCUCUGGCAAAACACUUGCCUUCCUCAUCCCCGUCCUCGAGAAUCUCUACAGGAAGAGAUGGACCGAAUACGACGGCCUCGGCGCCCUCAUCCUAUCUCCAACCCGUGAGUUGGCUAUCCAGAUCUUUGAAGUUCUUCGAAAAGUCGGCCGGAACCAUACCUUUUCUGCCGGCCUGGUCAUUGGGGGCAAGAAUCUACAAGAGGAGCGGGAACGACUGGGUCGUAUGAAUAUCUUGGUAGCAACACCCGGUCGCAUGCUCCAACACAUGGAUCAAACAGCUGAGCUCGACGUUGGAAACCUACAAAUGCUGGUCCUCGACGAGGCGGAUAGAAUCAUGGACAUGGGUUUUCAGCAGACCAUUGAUGCUCUGGUUGAACAUCUUCCUCCCUCGCACCAGACUCUCCUUUUCAGCGCUACACAGACCAAGAAGGUGUCUGACUUGGCCCGGCUCAGUCUCAAAGACCCGGAGUUUGUCUCAGUCCACGAAACUGCCGAAAGCGCCACCCCGUCAACUCUACAACAGAAUUAUGUCAUCACUCCUCUUCCCAACAAACUCGACACUUUAUGGUCCUUCAUCCGCGCAAACGUCAAGAAGAAGAUCCUCGUCUUCUUCUCAUCUGGAAAACAAGUCCGCUUCGUCUAUGAGUCCUUCCGCCAUCUGCAGCCUGGUAUCACUCUCCUCCAUCUGCACGGCCGACAGAAACAGACUGCCAGAUUAGACAUAACGACAAAAUUCGCCAAUUCACAGUACGCAUGUCUGUUCUCCACCGAUGUGGCGGCACGUGGUCUCGACUUUCCCUCAGUCGAUUGGGUCGUGCAAGUCGACGCGCCAGAGGAUGCAGACACUUAUAUCCAUCGAGUCGGGAGAACCGCCCGGUUUGAACAUGAAGGUCAUGCCGUCUUAUUUUUAGACCCGUCUGAAGAGGAAGGCAUGUUGUCAGCUCUGUCCAAAAAAAAGGUCGAGCUCGAAAAGAUCAAUGUGCGAGAGAAGAAGAUGCAAAACACGGUUCGAAAUCUGCUACAGAACAUGUGUUUCAAAGACCCCGAACUGAAGUAUCUUGGUCAGAAAGCAUUUGUGAGUUACACGAGGAGUAUCCACGUGCAAAAGGACAAAGAGACAUUCAAUCUCAAGGCGUUGGAUCUAGAAGGAUAUGCGUCGAGUCUCGGGUUACCUGGCACACCGAGGGUGAAAUUCAUCAAAGGCGAAGACAUCAAGGCCAAGAAGAAUGCGCCGAGGGCUUUGAUUGCUGCGUUGGAAGGUAGUGAUAGCGAAGGCGCUGAUGACGACGACGGAGUUGACAACGGUGAUGCUGAUGGCCAAGGAGACAAAAUCGCCAGCAAGAAACAGGACAAGACCAAGACAGUUCGAACGAAAUACGACCGAAUGUUCGAACGACGCAACCAGGACGUGCUGGCACCUCAUUACGCGAAAAUGAUUCAAGACGAUGAAGAUGACGACCAGUCCGACGGUGAUGGCCAAGUACGUACUCGCCAUCAAUCUAAAUCAAAGACCAUCGACGCCAACGCCAACGCCGACUCCGACUCCGACCAUGACUUCCUAUCCGUCAAACGACGCUUCGAAGCCGGGGACGCAGGCCUCGAUCAAAACGCCUCGGUCUCUGAAACCUCCACCUCCAAACCCACUCCUCAAAAGGUCACCCUCACUGACAACCCCACCGCCGCACCCCUCACCAUCGACAGUAACCGGCGCGCCAAACUAUUGUUAUCACGCAAAAAGCUCCUUAAAUAUAAAGGCACCGGCACACACCAAACGUUCGACAGUGACAGCGACACACCUAAGGACCACAAAGCAUAUCGCGACGAAAUUGAAUUUUCAGGCCAAGGCGAACAAGGAGUGCGGCGAGAAAUCAUGCAGUUCAGAGAUCGGGAACGAGAUAGGGCGGCGGAACAGGAUGUGGUGGAUAAGGAGGUGGCGAGGGAGAAGAGGAGGGAGAAGAUUGUCAAGAGGAAGGAGAGGGAAAGGAGGGCGAAUAUGGGUGAUGCAGAUAGUGAUGGGGAUGAUGGUGGUGACGAUGAGGGGGUUAAGUUGAUUCCUUAUGUGGAGGAUGAAAGUAAUGAGGAGGAGGAGGCGGUGGAUCGCCAGGCUAAAAGACCUAAGAAAUGGUUUGAAGACGCUUCUUCAGGAGAGGAAGAGGACCAAGCAAAGACGAAGCCCAGAAAGUCCAAGAAACCUCGUCGUGGUGUGGCACUCGAUCGCGAGGAUCAGCAGCCGAGGACUCUUGAGGAUCUCGAGGCUCUUGCGUCGGGUCUAUUGGCUCAAUGAUGAUCGCCGGUAAUCUUUAGAACUACAAUACAU